GCUUUGGCACUGGACUCUCUUUCUUCCACAGAGCGCUUCGACCAUCACUGUCCCUGGGUGGGGAAUUGUGUUGGAAAGAGGAACUACCGCUACUUCUACCUCUUCAUCCUUUCUCUCUCUCUCCUCACCAUAUAUGUCUUCGCCUUCAACAUCGUCUAUGUGGCCCUCAAAUCCUUGAAAAUUGGCUUCCUGGAGACGUUGAAAGAAACUCCUGGAACUGUUCUAGAAGUACUCAUUUGUUUCUUCACACUCUGGUCCGUCGUGGGACUGACUGGAUUUCACACUUUCCUUGUGGCUCUCAACCAGACAACCAAUGAAGAUAUCAAAGGCUCAUGGACAGGGAAGAAUCGUGUCCAGAAUCCCUACAGCCAUGGCAACAUUGUGAAGAACUGCUGUGAAGUGCUGUGUGGCCCCUUGCCCCCCAGUGUGCUGGAUCGAAGGGGUAUUUUGCCACUGGAGGAAAGUGGAAGUCGACCUCCCAGUACUCAAGAGACGAGUAGCAGCCUCUUGCCACAGAGUCCACCUCUAACAGAACAUCUGAGCUCAAAUGAAAUGCCGGAGGACACCAGCACUCCUGAAGAAAUGCCACCCCCGGUACCCCCAGAGCCACCACAGGAGGUGGCUGAAACUGAGAAGUAGCCUAUUUGUGGAAGAGACUUUUGUUUGUGUUUAAUUAGAGCUGUGAGAGAUUUAAGGGGAGAAGAUAAACCUGAGACAGAGAGCAAGUAAGCUGUUCACUUUACUGUUUUUCUUUGGUCUUUAUUCACCCAGUUGCACACUGACGUUUUCUUGCUGCAAGUUUCCCCCCUCCCCUGGACUCAAGGCAGUCACAGAAGAUGUCAGUGACCUCUGGUAACUGGACAAAUGGGUUUCUUGGGCCCUGGCACUGGUUUCCCACAGCCUCAGCCACAGAGUUUCCUUGGACUCUCCUCUCUUCCCUCCAAAUCCCGGCUCUCCUGCUUGGGGUGAUUGGUCCAAUUCUGGGAUUAAAGUUUCUUGAGACUGGCUCAAAUCCUCUCCAGCUGCUGCAUGGCAUGAGUCCAGAGACAGUCACAGAGAACUCUGGCCAGAGGCCUUCAGAAUAGAAGAGAAUGGAGAGAGGGGUUGGAGGAUUCUCCUGGCUACAAAGUGCCAACAUUGUCAACAAAUCCUUUUAAGAAUGGGGCAGGUAGCUUCCACUUGUUGUAUUUAUUCAUGUAGCUUCUCCUUUGUCCCCCAUUCACUCUCUAACCCUCAAGCCCCAGUCUUUUCCAAUUAGAUAUAUGUAAGUAGUUGUAGUAUAGAUAACAAUUUAAAUUUCUUAUAGACUACCUGGAAACUUUUGAAUACCUGUGCCAUUUUCAAUAAGUAUUUAUGAGAUGCCAAUAUCAUGGCCCCUCGCACUCUGUCUCAAUUUCUCCUCCUUUCUCAAUAGCCCUUUUUAACUUGUUUUCCUUCUAACUCUUGCUCCCACUAAGAGCAGAAAUGGCAGUAAUAAAAGUCUGCACUUUGAUGGUUCCCUUUCCUCAGAGGAAGCCCAAGUGCUCGCUUAAACACUACUCCCUCAGACUCCCUGUGUGAGGCCUGCAGAGGCCCUGAAUGCACAAAUGGGGAAACCAAGGCACAGAGAGGCUCUCCUCUCCUCUCUUCUCCUCUCUCCCUACGUCCCCUCAAAAAAAAAAAAAGAAAAGAAAAAACAGGACAACUAGUACUUCCAUUAGGCCUUGGCAGAGUGAAAAGGGAAAUCCCAGCACUGCUGCCCUCCCGGGUAACCUACUCCAAGGCCUUGGCCCACCUUGGGCUUGGUAACCACACCGGGGGCUUCCUCCAAGCCUCACUCUUCCAGCACUUCCACUGGCAGAGUCCCAGAGUCGCUUUACCCUGGGGGUGGGCUGUGGCCCCCAGUCAGCUCUGCUCAGGACCUGCUCUAUUUCAGGGAAGAAGAUUUAUGUAUUAUAUGUGGCUAUAUUUCCUAGAACACCUGUGUUUUUCUCUUUCUAAGCUAGGGCCCUGUCUGGAUGACUUAUGGGGAGGGGGGAAGUGUAAACUAGAACUUUUAAUCUAUUCGAAGCUGAUUAAACUGUGUCUAAUGCAAACUGCCUGCCUCCUCCUUCCCCUUUCCAUUUCAAGGACCACCAUGGGGGUGUGAGUGUCUUUGUGUGGGUGUGUAUGGGGUUGGGGUGGGGUCAAAGAGGUUGCUUGUUAUUAGCCAUACUCCCAUUUUCCAGGGGACCCUUGGGUUGGAGAGAUAGUUCCCAAACUCUCCACUGAUCUCUACUACAUUCUGGGCCAAAGUUUACCUUAUUUUGGAGUAUGAAGAAAGGGCUUUCAAGGCAAUAUACAAUGUUAGCAAAAUGGGGAGAGUCGGGGGUUAUAUUAACUUAACAGAAAAGUGUUCUUUAUUAGGAUAUUCUGUUUAUGCAGUUGGAUGAUGUUGAUUGUAAAUAAGCCUUGGUUAUUAAAGUAAGCUCAUCAGGGCCUCCCCUGGGAAAUAUUUUGUUAGUGAUCUUUUACAAGCGAUGGUAUAUAUUUCUUUUUAAGUGGUCUGUAAUCAAGACUUCUUACCAAUUCCUAUCUCAUUCUUCCAAGUUAAUCAGAAUUAAUGAAAUUUGGCUGCUCCCAGAGUUUUCUCUAUGUCUUCCUAUUUUCCUUACAGCAGAAUUUCAUGAUCCUCAGAGAGGGAGAUGGGAGGACGAGGGGAAGAGGGAGGCAGAGGGAGGCUGACUCAGAUUCUUUUCCUAUCUGCCUCUACUUUACCAUUCUCUUUCCGGCUCUAUCAGUUUGUCCUUGUAGUUAUAUUUUAGUCAGUUCAAAAUAAAGUCAAGCCUGGAGAGUAUGACCAGUUAACUUGCCACUCAGAUAAAUUUCUUCUUAGUCGGUUCUCAGUCCAUCCUGUCUCAGCCUAUCUCUCCUGGGCUAGAGUGUAUUUCUCUCCUCCCUCAACUUAACCUCAACCACUUUUCUUCAUUCUCUUUCUGAGGUGAAAGGUCAACAUGGAAAUCUCUUUAGUAUGAACUGAUUAUUUUUUAAUUUUUUGCUAUUUUGUACACCCUCCCUUUCUUUUCCUUUAUAAAUCUGUAUUUUCUGGUCUGAAAAUCUAUCCUAUUCAUACCACAUACCAGCUGGGACUGUCCAUCUGAGUUUUGAUCAGAGGGGAGAUUGAAGAAUUGGUCCUUCCCUAGGAAUAGGCCUUAAAUUGUUUGUUCCUUUCAAUGGCUGACAUUCUCUCUGCCUCUUCCCUUUCUCCACAUUCCUUAAAUUUCCUAUGCACCCCACUUCCCCAGGCAAGGGUGGUUGGGAUGGGUCCAAAAUCUCUGGGGGUUGGUGGAAUUUGGCUAUUUGGGGUCAUUUCUUUAUGACUAUUUUGUUCUUGGGCCCCUCGCCCUAGCGAAAAGCACCCAUUCCCUCUUUGCUUUUUUUCCCCUAGUAGAAGAGGUAAGUUCUAAUUCUAUAGCAGCUAAAUUCCAUUCUUCCUGCCCUAAUCUUCCUGCCUUUACCACUAAAGCCCCUUUUCCUACUGACCAAAUCACUUUACCUUGCUGGGGAAAGAAAAAAAAUAUUUUGUUUUAAAAUCUAUUUUUUAACUUAAAUGCAAUUUAAUACAUAAAUCUCUGCACUUUUGCGUGAGCCUACAAAUGUGUAUGUGUGGUGUAUUUUUCACUCUCUGGUAUUUCUUAAUAAAGAAAUCUUUCUUUUUGGGAGAAGCCAAUUAAUGAAGGAGACUUGAAUGGUUUUAGAAAUACAGGGAUGUCUGCUUCUUUGUGCUUCUGCCUCAUUUCUUUACUUGUGCCUAGCAUGAGUGACUAGCCCCCUUCCCUACCUUUUGAUCCCCUUCCUUUGAGAAGGCCCUUAGCUUAGUUGGGCAUAGAGAGGGACCUGUUCUCUGUCUGGUAGCCCUCUGGUACCGCUUGGAUUGGCUCAAGUGGUAACCUAGUAGUGUAGUCCCUCUCCCUCUCCCCGUAGCGUGGCCCUGUUGGUCCUUUUCUUCCAGCUCAGUUUAUCUUAUACUCCUGAGGCUGGGGCCAAGCUAGGGAAAAUCACCAAAGGAUCACAGUAAAUGGUUUUUAAAAAAUGGUUAUUUGCUCUCAUGCCUUGGUGCUAUUAAAGAAGAGCAAUGCUUCCAAUAAUUCAAAAAGCAUUUGUGUCAAUUUUGAAAAUACAUUCUAGGACUCACUUGCUGUUCUUAGAUGGUAGGUUUUAGAAAUAGUAUCAAAGGCUAAAACUGUGAAUAUCAUCAGUUUUAAAGGAUGCAAACUCAACUCACAUAAAAGGAGUCUUUGUAGAUUUCAUGUUUCGGAUAAAUAUGGAAAGAGAAUGGGAACUAGAAAUCUAUAUCUGAAACUUUUGAAUGGCCUAUAAGAUGUUAACGUAGGUAGAAAAACCCAGUAUAAUCAAUUGGGCCUAAUUAUUAUACAAAUGACCAUAAACUACGUUUUAUAGUUUUAAUAUUUACACUGCAUUUCCAGGAAUGCAAUCAUUGUGUAAAUUGAGGGAAGAUCGUACUUUAUUUUGUUCAGAAUUUUACCAAGAGAUGUGACUUUUGAAAAUCAUGUCACCAAUAGCAAUGCCAUUCAUGGAUUUUUAAGUUGCCAGUAUAACAUACAUGUAUUAGGCUUCCUUUUUAGCAGUCGAAUUCACAGUGAAUGUACAUAUAUAAGUGGAAGCAUCUGACUACUUUCUUAUAUCUUUAGUAUAGUCUUGCCUAAGCAUUUGUAUAUUGAAAUAUAUAUUAUCUUACUAUAAACUACUUUCCUUUUAUUUCUCCUUUA